AUGGAUGGAGGUGGUUAUUUUGGAGAUACAAUGAGCGUGGCGGACGUUACGUGCGGCCAGAGCGUUAACGCGCACCGAGGAGGUCGCAUAGUAGGGGGCCAAGACGCCGUGCCCCGGGAGUUUCCCUGGAUGGUGAGCAUCACGCGCAAGGGAGGACACAUAUGCGGCGGCACCAUCCUCAGCUCGAAAUUCGUCCUCACUGCGGCCCACUGUUUUUGCGCGAGAGACGAUAUGAUGCCGGCGGCCCAGAUACGCGUGACGGUGGGGGAGCACGACCUGCACGGGCCGGAGUUGCCGGGCGCGGCGACCGAGACAGUGAGAAACAUGAUUAUCCAUCCGGAUUUCGAGUGCGGCAAGUACAGUAACGACAUUGCCCUGCUCGAGUUGAGGGACGACGUCGCCUGGUCGGACAGCGUCAAGCCGGCCUGUCUGCCACCUCAGUUCGGGGACACGGACUACAGCGUCUUCAGCGGCGAGGUCGCGGUCGCCGCCGGCUGGGGCUGGCUGGGGGAAGACAAGUCCGCUCAUACAAAGUCCCACGUCCUGCAAAAAGUCGGGGUCAACGUGAUAGAGGACAAAGUCUGCAGCGACUGGUACGCCAGCCAGGGCAAGGUCUUCAGAGUCAAGUACGGGCAGAUGUGCGCCGGCCACGAGAACGGCGGCCGGGAUGCCUGCGCGGCCGAUAGCGGCGGCCCGCUGAUGGUGUCCGAUGGUAAUGAGAAGACGAUGGUUAUUGGGAUCGUGUCGACGGGCAUCGGUUGCGCGAGGAAACGCCUGCCGGGGAUUUACACGAGGGUAUCGGAAUUCGUGCCUUGGAUAUUCGAGAAUGCGCGCAAGUGA